UCAGUGCUAGUUCAGAUAUGGAUGACGUUAUUUUAGUCAUACUGUUGCUAAUUGCUUUGGUAGACGGUCAGUCGUGUUUAUAUGGCUACUAUCAUUGUACAGGAUAUGAUUGGUGUUGUCAAGAUGGUUACGUUUGCACUGGGUCAUCAACCUGUUUAUCCGUUGGAGCAAUAGUCGGAGCCUGCAUUGGAGCUAUAGCUGGUCUUGUUUUUUUCAUCGUCCUCAUAUACCUCUGCUGCAGAUCGAAGAAAGGUACCGUUGGAACUGUUGUAGCACAUCCAGGUGUCCACACCACAGUAGUUGGACAACAACAGUAUGGACAGCCAGGUUAUGGACAACCGCCUGCAUACGGUCAGCCACAGUACGGACAACCAAGCGGUUUUACACAGCCAGGCCCGGAUCCAGCAUAUCCACCCACUAAACAAUAACAUUUUUGCUACAGCUACUGCUACAGGAACUAGACGUUUACUAUAUUUAUCGAUAUUUUAUUGUGUGGAUUUACUUAACUGAUUAAUGUACGUUCCCGUUUUACAAUAAAAUAAAAUUAAAAUAUGGAAAUAUUAUCCUGUUACAGGCUUCUAAAUAAUAAACAGCUAGAAUAGUAAAUUUAUUAAACAUAAAACUUCCAAACUAGACUUUCUUUAAAUUGUUAGCUAAAAUGGAUAUUCUGUACAGUAUGUGUGUGUACACGAACAUAUUUCACAUUUAGAUUAGAACACCAAAUUCAAAGGUAUACAUAGAGGUUUUGAUGCAAAUGUUUACACUGUUUUUAGUGCAUUAGCUGCCAAAUUCAUAAUCAUCGCAUUGACACAAACCCUCAAGUUAACUUAUAACAUACUAAGAUGUAUCAUAUCUUCUAUUUAAAAUAUCUUCCUCAUUUCAAUUCUGGUGGAUGGUUGCUCAUCAUUUGACAUAAAAACUUACCUGAGCUUUGAUAUACAAAAACAUGAGAGAUCACUUAUCAGACAAAUCAGCAUUAAUUCACUUUCACUUCCUAUUACAACUGGGAGUAAAUCAACUAAAGAAUUUAGUAGAUGAAAGAUUCACUUAUGGCACAAUAUGGCCUAAAAUAUCAACUUUAUCAUAAAACACCAAAAAAGGUCACAAUUUGGUCGUAAAUGGGUCUUUUUCAAAAGCCUUAGUGCUAAAUAAAUCAGUUCUUUUCAAAGUAAGCCCAUUUUGAAAAUUUUGUCAAAAUGUGAUGAUUUUGUGCAAUUUGCAGACCUAAAAGCUUUAGGAAAACCUUGGCCGCCACUUACGAUCCAUAAUGUUUUGUAACCAAAAGAUUUCAAUUUUGAUAUAGAAUUCAUCAAUAUAAAAACUUUUUGGAUCGUGGAUGGCGGCCAAGGUUAAUUAUGCCAAAAACAAUUAAAAUUAUGGAAAAAUUUACCAAAAUUGACGUUAGAAUACAAAAAAAUGUUUAUUUAAGGGGUCAUAGCUUCAUAAAUUUUAAAGGAAGGUGCCAAAAAAAUGUAUUUUUGUCUAAAUAGUAUUAUCACAAGUAUUUCUAUGUGAAAUGUGUAGUAUUUUGAUCUGAUUAAAAAAACAUCAAAAUCUUAGGGCCAAUUCGUGCCCUUCGUGAACAUCCUUCUUUUGCAGAGACAAAGUAGAAGAUAAAUGACAAUUCUUUUUAUAUUGUCCCCUACAUAAAACAUUCGAGAAAAGUUUAGUUUUUUUUUUUAAAUUUGAUUUAAGAUUAUAAUAUCAAAUCGGAAAUAUAUUUACUUAAUCCGUUUAAUUGGUAAAUGCCAGGCAUAUAUGUAGUUAUUUGAGUCAAGCUUUUGAAGUCAAUCAUAACACUUCAUGUGAGUUGGUUUAACAUAAGUUAUAGAAGUACUACGUAUGGUUAUAACAUAUGGAUAUUUUUUACUUCUUUUGUAUUAUGUUUUAUCUACAGUAUUUGUCAUGUAAUAUAUGCUGUAUACUUAGAUUACGUAUUAUUAUAUAUGAUUUAUGCAAUACAAUAUUUUUGAAUUUA